AUGAGUGAUUCUGUUCUUAAUCCUGUCUGGACUACUUGCAAGGAUGCAGCAGGAAUCGCCGGGAAUAUCUUCGCUUUUGGGCUGUUUGUAUCGCCUAUACCAACCUAUAGGAGAAUAAUCAGGAACCGAUCAACAGAACAGUUCUCGGGGUUGCCGUAUAUAUAUGCACUCAUGAAUUGCUUGAUCUGCAUGUGGUAUGGCACGCCCCUCAUAUCUGCUGAUAAUCUGUUGGUUGUCACUGUCAAUUCGUUUGGCUCUGUAUUUCAAUUAGCCUACAUUAUCUUGUUUAUAAUAUAUGCUGAGAGAAAAAUAAAGAUCAGGAUGUCAGCUUCGCUGCUAGCAGUGCUCGGCGUAUUUGCAAUCAUAGUAGUAGGAAGCUUGCAAAUUCAUGCUCGAAUGAUACGAUGGGUCACUGUUGGGUCGUUGACUGUUGUUUCUCUCAUAUCAAUGUUCGCUUCCCCAUUGUUUGUAAUUAAUUUGGUGAUCCGAACAAAGAGUGUUGAAUUCAUGCCAUUUUAUCUUUCCCUUUCCACUUUCUUGAUGAGCACCUCUUUUUUCCUGUAUGGAGUAUUGAAUUUCGAUGCCUUCGUUUAUGUUCCAAAUGGCGUUGGUACCAUUUUGGGAAUUAUACAAUUGGCGUUAUACUUUCACUAUAAGAAGAAACCCUUACACGAGUCCAAAGAACCAUUGAUAGUUUCACAGGCAUAA